AUGAUUCGGAUUGAUGAGCAUGCAUUGAUAGAGGCUUUUUCCAGCCGAUGUCUUUUUUUGUGCCAAUUUGUGCCAAGGGUAAAGAAUCAUUAUGAGUGGAGGACUGAGAAAGCUAAAAAGACCAUCAUUCAAAAUACCUAUCGAGGUCGCAUCGCCACCGACUGUACCACUAUGGUGGAGAGUCAAUACUCACCGGUCAAUCUGUGGCCUCCACGGCUCCUACAAGGUACUGUUGUUAUGCCUUGGGAUCUUGACAGAUACCACGGCAAGAAUGCAAAGCUGCCAGGAAUGAUCAUGUUCUGGGGAACAGAGACCAGACCAAACCCAUCUUUGCCUUCACGCCUCUUUACAAUAUCUCUAGACAUCCUUGAACACCUCCUUGACCAAUUGACAAAGCGAGAUGCUUUCCGACUUUCGCAAACAUGCAAAACUUUCAUGCGGCAUCCUGUUGUCUUGAAAGCAAUAUUCCACGAGCCAAUCAGCAUUGCAGAGAUCGAAUCGUGGUAUCGAAGAUUGCCCAGUGGUGGAAUGAAUGCCAAAAUGAUGAUGGGUCCUCCGGUUACAUGGGGUAUCAAUGCAUCUACAGGCCCGCUGGUGCGCCGCCUGGCAGUACCAGAAUGGAUCUCUGAGCAGGACAUACACUACCUAACCGCUCACUGUCCUAACCUGCAUGCCCUCGACUUCACGGAGACCUUCGAAUCUGUAUCUCAUACAGUGGGACAGGACGAGGACGAGGACGAGGACGAGGACGAGGACGAGGACGAGGAAGAAGAAGACAUCGACUUUUGGCCUCCAGUGCUCGACCGCUGUCCUACCCUAUUCAGAAAUCUCAGAUCAGUUCAUCUCCCUUAUGGCUGCUGGAAGACGGUGUAUAGCCGUCCGGAUAGCUACCAGCAAACACAUUCAGCGUGCCUGCCUAAAUUGUUGCAUCUGGCUGAGCAUCUCCAGAGUCUAGAGCUUACCUGCCAACAAGAGCCGACACUAGAUCCAUCUCCAGAAACCCGCCGGAAUGCGUCAGCCCAGCUUGUUGCUGAGAUCUUAGAUAAUGUUAGCCGAGAACUUACCUCCCUUGCUUUAUACGAGUCGGAGUCCACCAUUGAGAACCUCGACAGCUUCUUGCGGUCGCUAGCGAUCUUUCCCAAAUUGCGAACCAUCAAGCUUUCCCUCCACCGCGAUCUUGACAUGUAUCAGAGGGAUUCGCAACCCAAGUAUGGCUUCGAUCUUAUCAUAGCUCCCAUUUUGUCCAGCCAAACCGAAGACUACAAGCACGACACAGCGUCCGUUCUACAAUAUCUUUCGGCUGUCAGGAAGAUUAAUGAUCGAGGAAGAUUCUCGCUCGUGUCUAGUGACCGUGGAGAGACUUAUCAUUCGACGCUCAGUGAUUACUAUGGUCUUUGCCACACAGAGGUAGUGCAUGGACCCCGCGAUGACCUUUGGACUCCAGUCUGGACUUGGAACGACCGCUUGGAUUGGGCCGAAGGCCAUAAUCAUCCUUCAGUCGAAGUCGUAGAUAUCGGGAAAUGUCGUGCACUCUUCGAGGAACUCACCAAAGCACGGAUUCCCGUCUCCGUUGAGCUUGAGCCGCUUAGCGCUUCUUCUCUCUUUGCCGGUCCCUGGGAUGAAGGUGUUUCGCAUCAACGCUACGGUGGAAGUGAUGAUGUCGAAAAUGUGUUGGAUGGAUAUUUCCAACCUCUGCCAAGCAAUGGAGCGAUCGUUCCAGUAACUCGCGAUCUUGCACGACAUCCCAAACAGCAUUUCGUGCAGUGGAGAGUCUUGACUACGAUCCCGUCGAAGAACCCUUGGCGGUAUUACGGCAUGCCCACAAAAAUUGACGACCAAAAUUUCCGGACGGUCUCCGUCGAUCUUGCCGCAGCUGAAUACAAGCUCGGCUACGGUGACUACAAAGACAAGAAGCAAGCUGAGAACACAGCCAAAAGCGAUGCAGAACCUUAUAUCAGACGAGCCGCCUCUAACACAGCCCACGCCAAGACUGAAAUUCCUGAUCCUGUCUGGCGAUUGAACGAGAUCGGAGACCUGGUAGAUGACCUUCGCUUAAUUUGGCACCGGAAUUUUGCCUAUGUUUACACCAGAAUGUUCGCCGAGUCCUGCCACCCAAACCCUGACUGGGACGAAUGGUCUAUGCUCAUGCACAAGUGUAAAGUGCACUUGAGGGGCCGACUAUGGCGAGAGGCAGAAUACACCGCCCUUCUUCUCCGACGUAUCCCGGUCGACUUUCCACGCCUGACUCGACUUGCCCUUUACAUGCCCACAGCCCUCUACCCGGGUCACGAUCAGACCUUCAUCAAUCGUGCGCUCCCUGGUACAGGCUGGACCGUCAAGCAUUACGGCCCAGUGGGUGAAGAUCCGCCGAUUCCGUUUCUGAACGAGGCUUGCUUGAAGCUUGCGGACGAUAUCUGUCCGUUCACCCGCCGUAUAUUCACCAGACCAACACCAACCGAUGAUCCCUCCGCGGUCAUUGUCCAUGAUGACGAGUGGCAUCGGACCAUGCGGCCGCUGUUCGAUCUUGAUGGCGAGUACUGUGAUGGUGUAAGUGCUGGAGUCAGAGGAGGAAGUCAGGAUGAGGGAGACGAGGAUUUCGAUGGCGUCGAACACGUCGUGGAUCCGCUCGAUUAUCUCCGCGGCUCGGUUUGCGUUUUGGUCAGAGUCGCUGCCGCCAGAAGAGUCGGUUGUUUCGCCAGGUACGUCGUCCCGCUCGGGCACAAGGAACCGCAGCCGGAAUCGUUGUCGUCGCUCUGGAGAGUCUUAGCCGGAUACAUCACCUCCUUCUCUAGCUCAGCCUGCAUCGCCGCCGGCGUCGCCGGCGUCGGAGACCGCGUGUGGGACAAAAGGGGCGAUGGACAGUGUGACGCGAAGGAACAGGAACAGGGUGAGAAGGAGGCGCAUGUUGGAAACGUGAGACGAAAUGCGGUGUUUCUUUCUUCUUAUUGUUCUUUUUCACCUCACCAGUUGUGA